GAGAAGUGGGUGUGUCAGUCAAAAUUGCCCGGAUGUUAGGCGUGGUAAUGGGCAAAACAUGGCGACAGACGGGAAGAUAUCCGACACGGGUAACGGGGAAAAUAACACAGAAUUCGAUUGCUUUGAUGGAGCUGAUCAGAGCCUGAGAACUCAAGAAAGUUCCUUGUCAAUAAACAGAUAUAAUGAGUUAUUUGAUGAGUAUGAAGCAAUUCAGGUCACCAUUAAACAAGAAUAUGAUGACAGUUCAGAUCAGGUAAAUACCAUGACAGAAGACACAUUACCAACUGCUGUAGUUAGCCAAAAACGCCAACAUAGUCCCAUAUAUAAUAAUACAGACCAUUCGUCAUUUGACAACUCAAUCACAGACAAUAAUUCAAUGGAAGAACCUCAGUAUAAGUUAAUGAAAUUAGGGGAAAUUAUGGACUCGCAUGGACAACAAGUGCUGUACAAAGAUUCACAUAUGCCGAUUUCUGUGAAAUUGGAACCUCCCAGUCCUGAAAGACAACAGGAUUAUAUGUCACAAGUUAAUUUUCAAAAUGGGUUUGAAAUGAGGGAUAACGAUGUCAAUUUAUCAUCUCCAUCACAGAUUAAAAAUAACUUUCAUAUAAAAUUAGAACCACAGGAUGGAGAAGGGAGUUUUUCAUCUCCAGAUUUAAGUCCUGAUUCUCCGAUGUCAUCUUCUAGUGGUAGUUAUCUCCCUGGAGUUCCAUCUCCAAUCCCAUCACAGGUGCUAAAAGAUGAGGAUUCAAAUUCAUUUAAAAAUGGUGCAGUGAAGGUGGAGGACCAACAAAAACAAUUGCAGCUGAUUAAACUUAGUCAAAUUAGAUCAGCAUUUAGUAAUAUUAAUCGAAGUAAUGAUCGACCAAAAUCUGUUGGACAGAUGUUUGCUUUAAAGAAAAGAAUCAAACAGGCCCAGCUGAAUGGGGAUUCCUCCCUGACAGACAAUACAAAAAGAUUAGUCAAGAUCUUGCCAGCUCCUGGAAAGCCUGUUCAAACAGAGCCAGUAGACUUGUCUGUAAAUAAGAAAACGUACGACGCUAUGAUCUCAGGAACACCACCACUUCAUGAUUUAGGAGGAACGUCAGAUUUAGAUGAAUCUCCAACAGUAACAUUAGAAACAGUAAAUAAAAUAGGCUCAGCUGCAUUGUUAUCUCUACAAAGGAUAAAAGCAGCUUCAGAUAAAUUUAAGUCGCUAGAUACAUGUAACAACAACACAGCACCAUCACCUCAGCCAAUCACAAAUCCCUAUCAUUUAUCCCCUGUGCCAAAUUGUGACCCCUUUAUUGAUAGAGAGAAGAAGAGGCGUGUUCAUCGAUGUGAUUUUGAUGGCUGUAAUAAAGUAUAUACAAAAAGUUCCCACCUAAAAGCUCAUAGACGAACACAUACAGGUGAAAAACCUUAUGUAUGUAAUUGGGAAGGGUGUACUUGGAGAUUUGCAAGAUCUGACGAAUUAACACGGCAUUACAGAAAACAUACAGGAGACAAACCAUUUAAAUGUAACGUGUGUGAACGGGCAUUCUCACGCUCAGACCAUCUGUCGCUACACAUGAAGAGGCAUUGAGAUCCAGGCAAUGGUUAAUUUGAAUUGUUCUUGUCAAACAAGAAUACCUAUUUUUUCCUGUUAGCUGUAUGAGGUGACAUUACUUCACUGAUGCUACAGAUUUUUCCUGUUAGCUGUAUGAGGUGACAUUACUUCACUGAUGCUACAGAUUUUUCCUGUUAGCCAUAUGGUGUUGAUAUUACUUCACUGAAGCUGCAGAAGACAAAAUGUGCAAUGUUCCAGGCCCUGAUUAUGUAUUGAUACAUAGACCCAACAAUUUAUAUUUGUAUCAUUAAAAAAACCUAUUUACCUAGAUGUCAGGGCUACUACUGUUAUUGGUGCAUUACCAUUUUAUGUUCAUCAGAGACAUGGUUUACAUACUUUCAGAUACAAAUGUUUAUACAAGUAUUUAAAGUCAUGUGGACAGAAUGUGUUGUCACAUGUUGAUCAUGUGACUCAUAUUGUUAGAGCAGGUUUCUAUAUCAGAAUAUUAACCAUAUAAAAUAUUGGAUUGGUAAUUUUAUAUUGUUUGAUAUUUAGCCUUUAUACGCUAAUCAUGUUUAAUGAAGUUAUAAUUAUUUCUUGCAAAUUGCAUAUGAAGUUAGUUAUUUUACAAUAUGUUCAGUUUUCUAAUAGUAUUAAACUUAUAUUUAACUUCAAUUUAAAAAAAAUUAAAGUUGUGCUAAGAAAGACCACAGCACAAAGAUCACAUUAUUUUCAUAUGCUUUUUUUUAUAUAAAUUCCAGCUAUUUCAUAAUUGACAUUUCAAUUUUUACAAUUUCUUGGAAUAUAGGUCACAAUAUUGCUAUGCUUACAUCGCAGUUAGUACAUGUACAUGCCAGCUUGCAUGCUUUGGCUAAAGCUGUGAUAUAUUUUUCAGAUCUCAACGAUAAUCAAAGUUUGAUGCAAUGAAUUUUUUUAAAAAGCAAAAUUACUUUUUGUUUCAUGUGUAUUUUUAUUCUGAAGCAUAUGUCUUCCUAGUGAAAAUAUUCACAAAUUUAGUUUGGCUUCAAUUUCGAAUAUUUUAUACACAAGUUUAUAUUUUUGAGAACAUGUUACAAUAAUAUUACAGAUUUCACAAAGACUACAAGAGUGGAAUAUUUCACAAAAAAGAUUUUGCUUUAUUGUUGAAUUGUUUUGUUAUGCUUUUAUUUUUUACACAUUAGCAAUAAAGUUUAACCGGUACAUAUAUGUAUAUAUAUAUGUGUAUUAUUCACUGCUGAAUACCUGAUACACAACACAAAGAAUUUUUUAAACAAGAUUUUGAAAGUUAUUACUUAUUUGUUAUAUUGUUAUUGAUGAGUAGUUGUUGUAAGUUGUUAAAAAACUGACUGUUAUUUGAAAAAAAUUGUAUUGAUAUAGAUUUUUUUUGUGUUUCCAUGACAUUUGUAAAUAAGAUUUGUGCUAAACAUAAAUCUGACUGCCAGUUUUCAUGUUGUGAGAGUUUAAAAAGAGUUUAGUGUCAGUAUCUCAUGAUCAUUAGAAUUUGGGCCUCACCCAAUAGAACUAGAUUUUUGGAUUUUUUUGUAAAAAAAGAAUGUUAGGUGUCUGUCUGAUACUUUGAUUCUGAUUCCUAAAGAAGUAAAAGCCCUUCCCUCCUAUAAAUCAGUAACAAUUUAGCAUUUUUUCAAUGCAAUGAUAAUAAAGUUUUUAUAAUCCUUAACGUCACAUUCUUUAGUACAUUUGAAAUAGACCCAUUGAGAAUUUGAAUAUCAGCUCUUUUUCAGUCAUCUGGGAAAAUCCAAAAAAUAAAAAUAAAUUUUGAAAAACAUAAUACCUAAUUAAUUGUCUAGGAGAAAAUUCUUGUAAUCAACGGAAUUAUUUCAAUCAUUUAUUGUAAAGAACUUUUUGCUUUAAUCUUACAAAUUAAUCUCCAAUAAAGCUUUUUUUUAGUGAAAAUCCUGAAGAGAAUUUGAGAACUUAAGAUUUUUUUAUACAUUGUACAAGAAAAUCUAUUUUGAAAUAAUAUAGGGAUUGUUCACAAAUAAUUGUAUAUUAACAUGAUUUAGUGGGUCAAAGUUGUAUCAAUAAAAAAAUGUUUAUUUUGAAGUUCAGCCUUAAAAUAUGACUACAGUUUGUAACACACCAAGAUUAUUAGUUAUGGUGGUAUAAAAUAAAGAGUGCUCUCCCCUAUUCAUACACAAACAAAACAGUCCUAUUUAGAAAUUCUACGAACUAAUAGUUUUUAUUUUUUCAAACUGCUGAAUACUAGCAAUACAUUUUUUUUUUGAAAUGCUGCAUUAUUUGUUGAGCAAAAGUAUUGUAAAUUCAGAAAUAAAUGCGUAAAAAUGAGACAGGCUAAUAAUCAAAGUAAUUAAACUCUCAUUUUGAAAUUUUUUAUAUGAAUUAACCAUGAUUUUUAUCAAAAUCGCAAAAAUUAAAAUCGCAUUUCAGUCUAAAAUGACAAUAUCCUAAUAAUAAAUGCACGCAAUAAUUUCAGAAUUUACAGUAUUUAAUCCUUUUGAAAAUACUGAUAUGCUUAUUAUAAUUGUUUAAUAUAAACUUUAUAUCAAUGAUACACUUAUAAAAACAGAUUUUCAAAAAUCAAUUAAAAAAAUGGGGGUCGGGUAGGGUUGAAAGGUGUCUUGUGAUAAAGGAUCAAUUGUAAAAUCUGAAUGAUAUGUCUCAAUCUGUUAUUUUCUUGCCAUUUUGCAUAUUUGUGAUAUAAUGAGUAUUUUUGAAAAACUGAAGAGUUAAAAAACAAUGAAAAAUGUACUAAUUUGUUAUCAAGUUUGGUAGAUCAGUGGAUUGCAAGAUUUUUAAAAACAAUAAGGUAAUAUUGGAAGUUGUUUGAAUGGGGAAAUAAAACGGAACCAGGAAAAACUGUAAUUUCAAAGUAAGGAGAUUUGAAUGCUAUUUUAAUUGGUAUUUGAAAUUAGGCAAUGAAAAAAGCUUUCAUAUUUCAAGAAAUCAAGUAAUAUUUACUUAGGGAUCAUGUAAAUGAUGAAUUUAUCUGUUAAUGUUCCCCCUAAGAAACAUUAUAGUGCAUGAUUCAAAGUUUUACAAAUGUUAGCAAGAUAGUGGAAAAUGUUGGCAAUUAUCUUAAACAGGUUUACAAUUAUAUAAUUAGUGCUUUGUAAAACUGGUAAGAAAUACUAUUUCUUGCUUGGUAAACUUUUGUACGUAACCAAGCUCAGAUGAGUUUUGAUAUUAACUGUGAGACUGGAACAUAAUCAUGCUUUCUUAUUGCAUUUUGUUUGAUUACUUAUCAAGAGAAUAUGGACUGUGUUUGUCUGAUUUAUUAAUUUACAGAUAGUGGCAUUUUAACAAAGUGUGGAUUUGCAUUGGGGGGUAAAGGGGGGGGGGGGUAUGCAUAGCCAAAGAUGCAUGCCCUGACAACACACCUAGUUUUACUUUUGUAGUUCAUGCAAUUUUCUCAGUUUUUGUUUUGUAUCUUUACAAUGAAUUCUUGUAUCUUUUUUUUUUAUGAAUUCUUGAAACUUACUGUAAAUAUAUUUUAUUUAAGAAAUUGUUAUAUAUAUGGAUAUAUAUAUAGCUACAAGUGUAAAGACAUAAAUACAAAAUAUACAAAAGAUUUAAUAAUUAGGAUUAGAAAGUACAGUGCUCUUAUAUAAAUCCAUCUCCCCAAAUUCGAAAAUAAAAUUACAAGCUAUGAAUACAUGCUGAGAUUUGAUAGUUGUUUCAAUACUUUUGGCUCUAAUUCAUAGUAUCAUCUGGAUAUGUAUUCAGUAUGAGUAGACCCAAAUUUUGGGGUAAAAUAUCGAAUAGCAAACAAAAAACAUCAUUUUAGUUACAUAUUUCAGAUAAACACAGUACAUAUUCUCUUGGUGUUUAUAGUGUGCCAAUGAUGUGAGAAUGAUUUAUCAUUUUGUAGUAGAAUUUAUUUAUUUAAGAAUAUUUUGUGCAAUGUUGUGGAUAUGUUCUCAGAACUAUACAUGUCUAUAAAAAAUAAAGUAAUAUAAAAUA